UCUUUUAACAUUGGAAAUAGUUGUUUUUAUUGUUUUUAAAUAUCUAGCUAGGGAAUUCUGGGAGUUGAAGUCCACCCAUCUUAGCCUUGUCCACAGGGCAUUCAGAUGAGCUGAAAUUGCUAGUGCUGACAAUCAGAAAUGUCGGCUUGACUGGGCCUCUCUUUUCCCCCCCCCCUCCUGGAAUUUUCCCGCCUUUCUUCAGAGAAGAUGGCUGAGACUCUGGGGGUGUCUGAGAAGGUCAUCCUCUUCCGCCAGGAGGGGGAUAUCACUUACCGCAUCCCCGCUCUGCUCUACCUGUCUUCGGAGUCCACCUUCCUGGCCUUUGCAGAAGAACGUUCGUCGCACUGGGAUGUACACGCCAAGUUCCUGGUGAUGCGAUGUGGGCAGAAAAAGGGUCUGUCCGUCAAGUGGGGUCCCCUGCAAACUCUGGAAACCACUGUUAUAUCCGAAUAUCGCACCAUGAAUCUGUGUCCAGUGUACGACUCAAAGGAAGGCACAAUUUUCUUGUUCUUCAUCUGUGUGAAAGCUGAUGUGUCGGAACAGUAUCAGAUCAAGACAGGGAAAAACGCGGCCAGGCUGGCCUACAUCUUCAGCAAAGAUGGCGGACGCACCUGGAGCCCAAUGAUGGAUGUCACCGAACAGGUGAUCGGAGAGGAUGUGAGCAACUGGGCCACGUUUGCCGUGGGACCGGGCCACGGGGUGCAGCUGAGCUCCGGGCGGCUGAUCAUCCCGGCCUACGCUUACUACAUUCACACACAUUGGUUUGGACACUCGCUGUGCCGUGCUAUCAAACCCCACUCCUUCGCUUUCUACAGCGACGAUGGUGGGAAGACAUGGCUGAAAGGCCGGCUUCUUGGAAAACCCCUGCGGGCCUCAGAGUGCCAAAUGGCGGAGGUGAUGGAUGAGAAUAACAGCCCAGUGUUAUACUGUAACGCCCGUGGCGGUGACGGAUACCGAGUGGAGGCCUUCAGCAGAGACGGUGGAAGACUCUUUGAACACCCCUUCCAAUCUCAGAAGCUGGCGGAGCCUCAUAAUGGAUGCCAAGGCAGCGUGGUGAGUUUUCCUUCACCACAACUGGGGUCUCUCUUGGCUUCCUCAAAGACCCCCGAAUCAUGGUUGAUCUUCUCCCAUCCCACCAAGCGAAAGGAGCGUGCGGAUCUGGGCAUCUACUUGAACCCCUGUCCAUUGGAGGAGAAUUCCUGGAAGACGCCAUGGAUCUUGAACACAGGACCCAGUGGCUACUCAGACUUGGCUGUUUGCACUGGGGAAAAUCCCCUCUUCUUUGGCUGUUUGUUCGAAUGUGGAGAGUCGACGUAUUAUGAAGAGAUCGCCUUCCAAUUGUUCAGUGGCACAAAACUCCUGAAAAGUCAGGACGCAACUUGUGCAGAAAAGAAUUAACUCCCUAUACAAGCCAGGCCCAUCAGCAUCAGAGGAGGA